UUUCAAAAACAAGUCACCACUGAUGCAAUAACUUUUGAGUUAAAAAUACACGCUGUUAAGGUGAUCACAUAUACCCAAAGGGGUUUCCAAUCUAUAGUUGUUCUGCUACUUAUUAGUAUUUAAUGGAAGUACUUUAACCUCAGCAUUGUCAGGAGGUUGGAGAAAGGACUAGCAUGGGAUUCAAAGCUCUCUGUUUGGGGCUGUUUUGUGCUCUCUUCGCCUCUCAUUUGUAUAUCUCCCUACCAGAUGACAUUGAAGAGUACUGGAAAGUAGUGGCCUUAGCUACAAUUGCUAAAACCUUCACAUUUAUGGGUAUGUGUAUUGAACGUAUGGGUAUUAUAAAAUAUGAAGAGCUUGUUUCCAUGUUAUUCAGACUGGAUGAAACCCAACCAGUUUCAGAUGAGAAUGUCACAGUGAUGGAUACAGAAUUUUCUGGCGUUCCAGUGCGUGUGUACUUGCCAAAGAGAAAGUCAGACGCCCCAAGACGAGCUGUAAUCUAUAUUCACGGUGGUGCAUUUUGUUUUGGAAGCUUCAAAAAUGCGGGUUUUGACUCCUUGAACAGAUGGACUGCAAACAAACUCGAUUCUGUUGUUGUAGGAGUGGAUUAUAGAUUAGCUCCUCAACACCACUUUCCAGUUCAGUUUGAAGAUUGCCUCGCUGCAGUCAAGUUUUUUCUCCAAGAUGAAAUUCUUGCAAAAUACGGAGUAGAUCCUACACGAAUCUGUAUUUCAGGAGACAGUUCUGGGGCCGGUUUGGCAGCAGGAGUGACUCAACAGGUCCAGACAGACACUGGAUUUAAACAUAAAAUCAAGAUACAAGCUUUACUUUACCCUUCCUUACAGAUAAUUGAUUCUUAUCUUCCAUCUCACCAAGAAAAUGAGCAUGGUAUAAUUCUACCAAGGGACUUGGCCAUAAAACUUGUGAGUUUAUAUCUCACCAAGGAUGAAACAUUUGUCGAGGCGAUGAGAAGAAAUGAACAUAUGCCUCAGGAAUCAAGACAUCUGUUUCAGUUUGUUAAUUGGAGCACUCUUUUACCCGAGAAGUAUAGGAAGGGUUAUGUUUAUACUGAACCAAUUCUUGGAAAACAUAAUUUUUCAUUUCCAGGACUUAUGGAUAUUAGAAUAUCACCCUUACUAGCCAAUGAUUCCCUGUUACAGAAUUUGCCACCAACCUAUAUUCUUACCUGUCAAUAUGAUAUUGUGAGGGAUGAUGGACUUAUGUAUGUUUCAAGACUUCAAAAUGUUGGAGUUCAAGUUACUCAUGACCAUAUUGAGAAUGGAAUCCAUGCAGCUUUAUCAUUUAUGACACCACCACUGUAUUUACAUGUAGGUCUCAGGAUAAGAGAUAUGUAUAUUAGUUGGCUAGAUAAGAAUUUAUAAAUAUGCAUGACAUAUACAUAUUUAUAAAUAUUUAUAUACUUGGCCAUCAGGUAACAGAUUGUAAUUUGUGAUUUUUUUGUAGUUGUAGUGUCAAGAAUAAUGUAAUUUGUGUUAUCUGAAUCUAUAUUUAAGUUAGUUAUAAGUUACUGUAUGUCCUUGAACUGGUUGAUUUUUCAGAUUCACAGAAUCUGCAUGUGUAAAAUGCAUUUAAUCCCUUCAUUUAUAAUUGAUUAUGUUGAUCCCAGUAGGGACCGGCACCUAUUAAAGUUGAGAAAUAAGAAUGGUUACUGGCAAGUUAGACAAGAUUGUUUCCAGGCAGACGCAGAAAAUACAAUAGUGAGUGGGAAGAGGAAAAAUUAAAAAAAAAAGUAUGAGGUAAUUUGAU